CAACAGCAACAGCAACAAGGUUAUACUUCAUCCAUGCCUUACUACCCUUACUACUACAUGCCUAACCAGUCUGCUUAUGGGCAGCCCAGUCAUGGUCAUAACUACAUGAACAAAAAUUAUCCAAUAUAUGCCAACUCAGCUGCUCAGACAACAGUCAAGCAGGGAACCUCACCUUAUGCAGUGCACGGAAACCCCUACGGCACAUCGAACUUUUAUAGUCAAAUCGGAGGGACAAUGGAUAAUGGGUAUGAGGACAACUCUUUCCAACCGAUAGGAUUGCAGGAAUAUCACAAACAACAAACUUAUGGAGGACUGCAGGGUGGAGGGUUCCUUGGAAACCUGUCUUCUGGACAAUCGACUUCUGCAGUUCAAACAAAGGCAGAUUUAUAUAAGUACGAAAAGGCAUCCCCUGCCAAUGUGAUGCAUUCUCAAGGUCCCCAGUCAUCUUUGAGCUAUCAGCAACAACAGAAACAGAAACAGCAACAGCAACAGCAACAACAAGCUUAUCUGUUAAAUCAAGCUAAUUAUUUUGAUCAGCAGCCAAUGUUCUCCUACCAACAAUAUUCCAAUCAACCACAACAAACUCAACAGCAAACUAAAUCAACACAACCAUCAGCUAAUCGACACCAACCUUACUGGAACUAAUUAACUGAAUAGGUCAAGCCAAGCCAAACCAAGCCAAACCAAGCCAAGCCAAACAAAAAAAAGAAAAAAAAAGAAAGUAAAUUGAAAAGUUGAAACAAAAUAUUCUUUUUUUUUAUUGUUUAUUAUUUAUUAUUGAUAAAAAAAACAUAUAUAUAUAUAUAAGUAAAUAAUUAAAUAAAUAAAUAAAUACAAUAGUACACCUGUU